CAAAAUGAAUGAAACCUGGAACAUCAGUAUGGACAUGUUUUCAGCCAGAGUUCCCAAGUCCCACUUUGAUGGGCCCUACAUAGCUGCAGAGCUGGUCAUAGCUACCUUCUCCACCACAGGAAAUCUUCUGGUCUGCCUCGCUGUGAAGCAAAACAAGAGGCUCCAAACUGUGACCAACUACUUUCUGGUGUCUCUUGCCGUGGCUGACUUCUUUGUGGGCGCCCUUGCCAUCCCCUGUGCCAUCCUGACAGACUUGGGCAUGCCUUACCACAACCUGUACUUCUGCAUCCUGAUACUAUCAGUGCUAAUCAUGCUAACCCACACAUCCAUCUUCAGUCUGCUAGCUGUGGCUGUGGAGCGCUACAUAGCCAUCCUUCUGCCCCUCCACUACCACAGGAUUAUGAGACCCUGGAACGCUAGAUUGAUCAUACUCACUACCUGGCUCCUGGCCUUUCUGACUGGUUCCAUUCCUCUAAUGGGCUGGCACAAGACCCCACCUCAGUCCAGCCACUGCUUCUUUGCCUGUGUCAUCGACUUGACCUACAUGGUGUAUUUCAACUUCUUCGGCUGUAUGCUGGUGCCCCUAGUGGUGAUGUUCGUCAUCUACGCCCACAUCUUCAUGACAGUGCGGAGACAGAUGAGGCGCAUCACGGCGCUCCAGGCUGGGGCCAAGGGGCCGGCAAACAGAGCUGUCAGCUUGCGACGCGAGGUGAGGAAGGCCACGUCGCUCUUCCUCCUCCUCUUCCUCUUCACGAUCUGUUGGAUACCCAUGCACGUGAUCAACUGUUUCCUCCUGGUGUGCCCACAGUGCAACGUGCCCGAACCCAUCAUGCUCAUGGCCAUCCUCCUCUCCCAUGCCAACUCGGCCUUCAACCCUCUCCUCUAUGCCUACAGGAUGAAGUCAUACCGCCAGACAGUCAAGACCAUGUUCCUGUGCUGCAGAGCUACUGCCGAACCAGAGAGUAGCCGGGAAGAUGCAGACACCGCCAAAAAGACCACCACUUAAGGA